CUUUGAAAAGGAAGUGGAUAAAAUAUUCAAUGAGAAAGGGAUGCUAUGCAAUUAUAAUUUAUAAGAGAUAAUUAGAUUUUUUUUUUUUUUAAUUUUAAUUUUUUAAUGAGAACAACGGUAUUCAUAUGGGUUGUUGGUGGGAAAGGAAGGUAGCAAUUGGAUAAUAAUAGCAGCAGCAGCAGGGAUUGAGUUUUGAUCACUCAUUUCCGGCCCAGCCCACUCAAUCUUUGAAUGAGAUGGCGACGCCGGUAGCGGUGGCGACCGCAUUUCUUCUGUGCCUCUCCGCCUCCCAAAUCGCCGGAGAAUUGGACGUUGACUUGCCCGGGGAUUCAUAUUUACGGCGCGAAUCCAUGGACAGGUCUCUGUGUGUGCAGCUCAUUCAGCCUUCCGGUUAUCCUUGCUCCGAAUACACCAUUCAAACAAAGGAUGGUUUCUUGUUGGGUCUUCAACGCGUCUCGUCUUCUGCUGGGAGUAUAAGACAACAACGGGGCCCACCGGUUUUGCUUCUACACGGACUCUUCAUGGCUGGUGAUGCAUGGUUUUUAAAUUCACGGGAAGAAUCAUUGGGCUUCAUCCUUGCAGAUCAUGGUUUUGAUGUUUGGGUAGGAAAUGUCCGUGGAACAAGGUGGAGUCAUGGGCACAUAUCUUUAUCCAUCAAAGAUAAGGAUUUUUGGGAUUGGAGUUGGCAGGAAUUGGCUUUGGAUGAUCUUGCAGAAAUGAUCCACUACAUAAAUUCUAUAACAGACACCAAAGUUUUAGUUGUUGGACAUUCACAGGGGACAAUCAUGUCUUUGGCUGCUCUAACUCAGCCUCAUAUAACAGAAAUGGUUGAAGCUGCUGCUCUUCUAUGUCCAAUAUCUUACUUGGAUCAUAUCACCAGUCGUUUUGUACUUAGAAUGGUUCACAUGCAUCUUGAUCAGAUAGUUCUUGCAAUGGGUAUUCAUCAACUUAAUUUUAGAAGUGAAUGGGGCGUUGACCUUUUAGAUUCAUUAUGUGAUGGCCGUAUAGACUGCAGUGACUUGCUAACUUCCAUUACAGUUUUUCAAGGAGUGCUUAGUUUAAACAUCUUGAUUGAACGUUAUGUAUCUUGCUUGUUAAUGUUGAGCGAACCAAUCAAUUAUUUCAGUGUGACAGUUAUUUUCACUCGGAUAAGAUUGCAACAUUACUCUAUAAGUACUUUUGAUCAUGUUUCUAUGAUUGAUCUAGCUGGAAAUAGAUCUGGAGAGAGAGAGAGAGAGAGAGAGAGAGAGAGAGGGAAAAAAAAAAAAAAAAAAAAAAGGGAAGGGGGUUUGGGGGAAGAGAGGGAGGUGCUACUUGAAACAACCAUAGUUUUAGUUAAAGGCUUUUCCAUGUAUUAGCUUUUUCAAUUUGAACCUAGUGAUAUUAAACAUCCUUGGAAAGAUGCUCCUAUUUGAAGUGGACUACUCUUGAGACAAGCAUAAAUACACAUUUAUGUGGUGUGUAUAUAAUGUUUUUAUAUAUGAGAGAAAUAUGAGGAGAAAAUGAUCUUCAUAGAAGUAUUGUCUAAGUAUCAAGUGUUUUCUCAUAACUACUUCAAUCUUGUUUAGUUAUUAUUUCUUAAGUUGGUGGAGAGGGGAGAGGAAGGGGGUGUCCUAAUAUGUACAAGCAACUUAGCAAGAGCUUUAUCGGGAAGGGUCCUUUCUGUUAUGAUUACACAUUUUCAAUUUUAUACAAUUUUUGGAUAUUAGUACAUACAAUUAAAUUUCUUGGGGAAAAAAAUUGAUUACA